GUCUAUAAAGUCUUGUUUUCGAGACUCAAGCCUCCAUUUGGUGAAGCUGCUGAUCAGGAUCAGGUCCAGAACCAGAGCAGUCUGAACAAGUCCAAGUCUUCUGACGAACCCGCUCACCACCAAGUUAUUACCUGAGAGGAAAGCUAAUCUUAUCGUAUGUCCGCUAUCCAGAAUCUCCAAACCUUUGACCCCUUUGCUGAUGCAACUAAGGGUGAUGACCGCCUCCCCGCCGGGACAGAGGACUACAUCCACAUAAGAAUCCAGCAGAGGAACGGCAGGAAGACCCUCACCACCGUCCAGGGCAUCUCUGCUGACUAUGACAAGAAGAAGCUGGUGAAGGCCUUCAAGAAG